GAAAGUUUUUUUUUUUGGGUUUUUCCGCCCCAAAUCCCCAUUCUUUCAGAAGAAUGGAAGCUUCUUCUUCGUCCUCUCCUUCCAAUCUCCUCUUUUUCGGGUCCCCGCUCUUAGACGAAUCGUAUCGGCCGCUUCCUUCGCUCUACCUCGCGUUCUUGACGAUCUGGGGCGUCUCCGCCUUCUCCUGGACCCUCCACACCUGGAAGAAUCGCAACUUCCAGGUGAACAACCUGCAGCGGAUGCUGGCUACUGUUCCAUUGGUUAAAUCUUUGCAGUUGGCGCUAUCCUUUUCAUUUUGGUACUCAUGCAUAAACCUUCAGAAAUGCUCAUUGUGGAUGUCAUUUGGGGUGUAUGUAACUGGGAUACUUUUUCAAACAGCCUCUUUCGUGUCAUUUAUGCUUAUCUCACAUGGUUACUGCAUCAUGUAUGAGCGUCUUUCAGUGCAUGAAAGGCGCAUUACUGCUACAUUAGGAUGUGCCCUGUACUUGACACUUGUUGGUUACAAAGCUGCUGUGCCCUAUUCCACAGUCUUUCUCAUGUUGCAUUAUUCUGUUUCUUGUUAUGUGAUCUUCCGCCAUAUAUCCCACAAUCUGUUAGUUCUGCGUGAACAGUUGAAUUUCAUAGAGGAUGAGGAUUCUCAUGCAAUGCAUGAUGCAUUACAAACAAAGUACACUAUGCUCAAAAAAUUUCAAGUUGCGAUGCAGAUUGUAGCAGUGCUAGAAAUUUUGGUCUAUAUAAAUGCUAAUGAGACACCAGAUAAUUAUUGGUUCCGACUGUUGGUUCGUGAAUGGGUGCAGUUUUGCAUAAUUCUGUACAUCGGGUGGACUUUUAGAACAAAGGAAGCGUCUCCACAUUUCUCUGUCAUGCCUAUUUUGAAGUCCAACUUGGAGAUGACAGUGCCUCCAGUUUAUAGGAUAGAGGUUGAUGCUGCUGAUUUUAAUAAUCUGGUUUUCCAAGAAUGGCAUGUGGGCGUGCCAACUACUCUUCCUUCUUCCCACUCUGGAAAGACUGUAAAUCCUCUGCUGGUCAUAGUUCAAAACCCUCAUGCAGCAAGUAGGUUUUCUCCAGAAACUCCUAGAAGUUCAAGACCAUCUACCACUAGUGCUGCCACUGCAACUAAAAAGAGUCAACAUGUGGAUGAUCAAGUCUAGCUGAGACGGUGUGCAAGUUGUAUAGACCAAUUUGCUCACCAGGGUCAUCACUACGCUGACAACAGCUAUUGUAAUAGCAAUAAUGGUAGAUCUUUCUAAUUUUGUAUUUCCCAGAUGUAUUUUGCCUUUUUUGUUUGACCCCAAGUGAGGGCCAUGAUUGUGAAUAUUAUAAGUUUCAAAAGCAAUAUAUAUUCCUCUCUUCCUUUUUUCUA